AUGAAGAGAGCUCUUUACACAUUGACUUGGUUAAUCGCAUGCCUUGCUGCAAACGCGCUUCCUUUGGUUGCCAGAGAUCCUUUGGAUGGUGAAAAUACUAUUGAGUUGCCUAUUUCUGGACAUACUAUUUCCGUGCAUGGUGUUGUUUUAUCUAUCAUUCUCUUUAUCUCUGGUCUAUAUCUUUGUUUCUUGGGAGGUGUGCAUCAAAAGUUCACCAUGUUCAUUGUCGGCUUUUACGUUGGUGCCAACGUUGCAUACAUUAUCCUCACAAACGCAAAACCCGAUUAUGGAAGCAACACUGAAACGAUCCUGCUUGUGGUAUCAGUGGUCGUAGGUCUAUUGGCUGGUGCAUUAUUGUCAUGCUGUUUCUUCCUUGCAGUGUAUCUAUUGGGUGCAUUGCUUGGUUACCUUGCAGCAUUGUGGUUCCUAUCAUGGUCUGAUAAUGGCGUUAUCCAAUCCAACUGGGGUCGUGCCAUUCUCAUUGUUUGCUGCGUUGUCGUUGGCGUCGUAUUGAUGGCUUUCCUUGAACGUCCCAUGAUUGUCAUUGCCACUGCAUUUAUCGGCUCCUUCCUUAUCUUCUUUGGUAUCGAUUUGUAUGUGCAAACAGGUUUCACCACAGCCGUUGCUUCAUUCCUACACGCACGAAAUGUCGACACACUUAUACAAUCCAGCUCCGGUGUACGUGGAAUGCUUGGUGGUACUUUGGCUCUUACCGUUGUUUCAGCCUUGUUGCAAUGGCUUCAUAUCCGUCGUCGUCAACAACCUGUGAUGGUUUGGUCCCAGCAAUAUCCCAUGCGUUCAGGCUACGGCUGGCGUCGCGUGUAA